AUGGCCGAUCUUCAGGCAACGGUCGAGUUCGCGGUCGAGUUGUACAAGUUCUACAACGUGGAUCUGUUUCAGCGCGGAUUGUAUCAAGUGCGAUGUUCGUUGCGCGUCUCUCCGCGGCUUCCGGUGCAGGUCGAAACGUGUCUGCCCGAUGCAACGACGGCCGGCAUACCCUCGGUGCAGUCGGUGCUAAAUCAGAAUGGCGCAAGCAACAACCACGGCAGCUCCAACAACAACACCAACAUCAGCAACAACACCAAUUGCACCAACAGCAACAAUAACAACAGCACCACCAACGGAAGUGUCGGGGCGAGCUCCAACACAAGUGGGAUUGCGAGUGGUGCCGGAACCGGAAGUGGUUCGCUGCCGAGCAGUAACACUGGCAGUGUUGGUGGUGGCGGUGGGCUGGUCGCAAUCGGCGGUGGCCCACCGGGCAAUGGUAACGCACCGUCGACCGGUUCGGCCAGCUCGACUGGCCGACCGGAUGUGGGACCGUGCCUAUCGUCGACGGCAAGCAGCGGUGUCAUUGGGUCGAUGUCGUCGAUGCCGAGCAGUAGCUCCAUGCCUACACCGAACUCGGUCACCACCGGUUCGUCCAUGGUCCCGAUAGGCAAUGCGCCCGGUCCGGCCUGCACGAAUGGGAGUGGCGGUGGGGGAGGCAGCGCCGGCAACUCACCCACGGCCAGCUCCGACAGUCGGUCGGGUGCGACCAUCAUUGAUGACACCGGGGCGUCACGUGUCUUUCAGAUCCUUUAUCGCAACGAGGAGGUGUCGUUGCGUGACGUUAUCAUGUUCCGGGCGCACCUGCUAGUCGACAGCCGGCACCUGAAGGAAUCGAUCGAGCGUGCCGAGUUUUCGCUCAACCUCGAACUGUGGUUCGGCGAGCAGACGAACGGGAACGUACUGACGCUGGCCUCGACGCGCACACUGCAGCUUAACUUUCAUCCUGGCCGGGGGCUUCACUAUCAUCUGCCGGUGCUAUUCGACUACUUUCAUCUAGCCGCCGUCAGUGUCGGGAUCCAUGCGAGCCUGGUUGCCCUGCAUCAGCCUUACAUCAAGAAAAGCAUUUUCCACUAUGUACAAAGCUGUGCUCCCAAGUCAACCAAACCGUGGAUGAGCAGCUCCAAGUUAAACUGUCGCGGUGGCAACUCACCCGGACCGCUCGAGGCAAUCUUCUUCGGGCCGCAGGUCGGCAGCGGUGCCAAAUGUGGUGGUGGUUCCGCCGGCCGAUUACUGCACGCGCGGAACGUCCACAAAGAAAUCUGUGCCUUGCUGUUGGGGGCCUUGGAAUCGCUCCGGCUAUCGUUGCAGGAGUUUUGCACCGUCCUGCCCCACCAGUGGACAGCGCUGACCGGUUCCACGCCCUUGUCCAACCUCGACACCGAGCAAAGACUGAGGAAGCUGUCCGAUUUGGCAAAGCUCUUGGACACCGAGGACGAUUUAGCAGCACGUGCCAACUCCGACAUUGCGCAACUUUGUGCGGAGUGCAUACUUUACUGGCGAAGAGUGCUCUCAGCUGCCACGCAACCCGCCGUUCACGGGCUGUUGGCGAAGAAACACCACACGUUGCGAGUGCGACGCUUUGCGGAAGGAUUCUUUGUGAUAGAUAACCCGAGACAUCUCGCGAGCGGUUGUUACGACUCCAACUACCAAAAUUACGUCUCGAUCUGCGAGAUGGCACGGCGGUCGCGCUAUCUCUCAUCGUUGCCACCGUUACCGGUCCAUUGCACACCACUGGAUGGAGAUGCCAACUCGUUGCCACUCAUAUUCGAGGAUCGCUACACCGAUGCGAACGAGUACGGCAAACGUCGGUCAGGUAGUGAGCCUCAUCUGAACGGUACCGGUGGCAUUGGAACUGUCAACACCAACACCGGACAGUCAACACUUGUGAAGCCUCCAAAACAGCACCACCACCCGAACAAGAUCGCACCGAUCGUGAGCAACACCAGCAAGGAAUGUUCGUGCGGAAUUGCGACAUGCUACAUGGAGCCGGUACCGAAGAUCUGUGGCAGUUACAUGGGCAUCAUGACGCCGCGUUACGCACUCGGGGGAGAUAUACUGCAGGCGAGUCUCACCAUAACACCGGCAGCGGCCGCCUCACAAAAUGGGCUCUGCCCUAAGGCACUUUCGCGCCAUUCGGUUGCCACGCUGCUUGAUCCCGUCCCAAUGGCUGACGUGUGCUCCUGGGAUCAACAGUUCAAGGGCAUUUACACCAGCGGACCGCCAGCGGGAGGUCUUGCUGGUGGGACACUGCCCACGCGACACAGUAAAUCGCUCGAUCAGCUUGAAAUACAACCGAACGCUAACUCUGCUUCGCUGCCCAGACAACAUCUUCAUGGUGCGGCAACUGUGGUCAACUACAACGGAUACGGUGCACACCAAUCACAGCCUCAUCAUCAGCAGCAGCCGCAGCAGCAACCGAUAGGAUCUGUACACCACCAGUCGCAGCAGAGACAACCGAUGAUUUACCAACAUCCGGGACAGCAAACGCAACAGCUGCAGCAGCUGCCCGCUGGUGUUGCGCUCCUCCAGACGCUACCCAAAUCCAAACCGAAAAAUCCAGUCCAAGCGGAAGAUCUGCUGAAGAACAUCAACGAGUUUCGGGAGAAGUACAAAAAUCCGGGCGAUCCGCGUAAGAUGAUUCACGCCGGUGGUACGGCUACUCACAAUCCUACCUACGACCUGCAACAGGACGCUCUCGGAAUGUCUGCCCUUCUGAACGGAUACGCUAAACCAACCACCGGAGACUAUCGGCACGAGCUGAAGCAUACGCAAGGUACACGCAACUCCCAGCAUCACGGCCACCGAGACCAGCCCCAUCCGGGAGACCCAAUCAACUCGACGGCAGCGGGCUCUUACUACAACUCCCUUCCGAAAGGAGCCGGUUUGGGUGCGCCCCGCAGUUCCUUCCCACCGGUACGCAGUAAAAAGCAACAACAGUCCAGCUCCACCUCGUUACCGACCAAAUCGGCUUCGAACACCAUCCCGCGCAGCAACUCCUCCCAACAGUUGCGCCAAACGUCUCAAAACAGUGCCCAAUCGAUGUCCAUCGGUGGAGUGAACAGUGCCACGCUACCGCACCGAUCGGUGGAGUUUUCUCGAAUUCGUGUGUCAGACUUCAAGCAGCUGGUCCAUGGCCAACAGAGACGCAGCACCUCGAACGGCAGUACGCACAAAAUCGGUACAUCCGGCAACGGCAGCACGGCGACGAAUGUUGGAAGAGAUUCCAGCAGUUCGGCUACCAGUCCCGAGAUAACGCCCCGGACACGCAACAAGCAGCGCCGUCUGCUAUCGUCUGCAAGUGUUCCAUUUCAGCUGGAAAAUCUGGAACUAGAGCCGGCCGUUGGUGGUGUUGGAGGUGUGACGUCGAACUCCGGAGUUGCCGCCGGUACGGGGGGAUUCAGUGAAAGUCUACCCAACCUUGCACCUCCGCCGGCCGCUUUUGCUAGUGAUUCACCUCCGGCUCCCAUCGGGGGAGCGACCUUUCUGCUCCGAAGACGCCAUUCGAGCAGCGAGUCUACGUCCUCACUUAGCGAACAGUCCGGUUGGGUUUCGAGCCGACGUAGUACUGGUCCAUCCAGUCCGGACACACUGCGGAACGAUCAGCGUGUGGUGAAUGGGGAGCAACUUCGAAAGCGUCUGCUGAAGUUGCUCAAUGAACAGCCCCGGUUGGUUGUCGAUCGAAAGAACAGUACACCCUCCUCAACGACGGAGUUCUUCGCGCGCAGCAAUCAAAGCUCGAUGAAGUCGAAAUCGGGUUACGGUCCAGGUGAUAUGCUUCGUGGCGCUUCGGUGCAGACGGAAAACUGGAACAACCUCGAGAAAGAGUGGAAUGAUUCGCGAGCUCGUGCACUAGCCAACGCCACGAGUGGGCCGUACGGUAUGGUUAGCGGAAAGCGUGCUCCAGAAGCCGCAACAGCCGGGUCAACAGCUCGGGAAGGGAUAACUACGGCUGACAUAAAACCUCCAAAACGCACGAACAAGAAGGAAAAAUCAAAGUCGGACUUUGAUCUGGCGCACAUCUCGGAUUACGUGUUUGAUGACCUGCGACUACUUCCGCCGCAGCAGUUUCGCGACGCACCGCCACCACCGGACGAGUUCCGAGAUCCUCCUUCUUUCGUGGACGAUAUGUCGAACCGAAGUAAUAAAAAUGGUUCAGAUAAACAGAAAGCUUCUGCGGUGGCUCCGGUAGACAUUCCUCCCCCGACGGAGCGUCAAAAGCCACCGAAAGAAGAUCAACAACAGCCGCAGCAGCAGCAGCAACCGCAUCCACAACCGCAGCCACAACAGCAGCAGACACAGAGACAGCAAAUCCAGUACUACGCCACCCUGCCCAAGAGCCAUCCGCCUGUUCCGAUGACUCCACUAUCGGUCAUAUUUCAGCCGCAGAUUAUUACCGCACCACAGACGCAACAACAUCACCAGCAGCAGCAGCAGCAGCAUUAUGCCACUCCACAAGCUUUAAUUCAACAACAUCACUACAGUAAACCCUUAAGCAACCAGAUCUAUAUGGGCCCCGGUACGGCACAGCCCAUCACCAAACCCAAGUGUGAGAUACAGGCGAUCGAUAAUCCGCUCUACCACAUCUACGAGGUGGUGAAAACUCCCCGGCCCGUCAUGAAAUCUCAAAGCUCCAACGAACUCGCAGCAAUUGCGAAGUGCGCCGAAACUCUCAACAACGUCAAUGCGACGAAUCUCUGCACCGUUGCGGUGGCCACGCAGAUGCAAAAUCAACCGCCAAUGGUUCACAACGGGAAAGCACAGUACGCACCGUCGACGGUAGCGCCCGCUGUUGAGCGGAAGGCUUCGGUUCGCGAAACACCACCACAGCCCUCCACCGCUGAACCGAUCGGGUCGGGAUCGGUACGCAGGAAAGCAAACGAAACGGAGGAAGAAUUGGACGAGAGCCCAGAUCGCAAGCGGGUCGAUCCACCGAUGCAGCUGCUGGAGUUCGAGAAGUGCCGCGAGGAGUUCCGCAAACAGAUCAACUACUCUGGCUCGAUCUAUUCCGACUUCCAGAAGAUGGCCUCCGAGAUGCCGUACUUUCACAUCGCGGACGAGUUCCGGGCGUUCUCGCCGGCCGGUUUGCAUCUGGUGAUAUGUGUGCAUGGGCUGGACGGUAAUUCGGCCGAUCUGCGACUAGUGCGCACGUAUCUGGAACUCGGGCUGCCCGGUACGCACCUGGAGUUUCUGAUGUCGGAACGGAAUCAGGGCGAUACGUUCUCCGACUUUGACACGAUGACCGAUCGGCUGGUGGCGGAAGUUCUUUACCACAUCGAAACAUAUCAGCUCAAUCCGAGCCGCAUCUCAUUCGUGGCGCACUCGCUUGGAACGAUCAUCGUUCGGUCAGCGUUAGCGAGACCGCAGAUGCGACCGUUACUGUCCCGGUUGCAUACGUUCCUUUCGCUGUCUGGACCACAUCUGGGAACGCUGUACAACUCCAGCGGUCUUGUCAAUAUGGGAAUGUGGUUUAUGCAAAAGUGGAAAAAGUCCGGUUCACUGUUGCAGCUGUGUUUGCGCGAUGCAGCCGAUCCACGCCAAAGCUUCCUGUACCGGCUGAGUCAGCGAAGCACUUUGCAUCACUUCAAAAACGUCUUACUGUGCGGAUCGUCACAGGAUCGCUACGUUCCACCACACUCGGCACGGCUGGAGCUGUGUAAAGCGGCCGUCCGAGACCAAUCCAAUCUCGGCAUUGUGUAUCGUGAAAUGGUACACAACAUUAUAGCACCAAUGCUGGCCCGGCAGGAUCUUACGUUGGCCCGAUUCGACGUGCACCAUGCACUUCCACACACGGCAAACGCGUUAAUCGGUCGUGCGGCCCAUAUCGCCGUGCUGGAUUCGGAGCUGUUCAUCGAGAAGUUUUUGCUAGUGGCGGGAUUGAAGUAUUUCAGCUAG